AUGCGGCGAAUCCCUGGGUCUUGCCGCUUGUGCACGGCCGCUGCCCCCUCAGUGCCUUUCAGCGUCUCCACCGCGACUAAGUUCAAGGCUUUCGAGUGGAUGGGCUUGGUUCACAAGCUCCCCCACUGCGGGCUCAACCAGAUCGAGGUGCUAACCGAUCUUCUUUCACGAGGACAGGGUGUCGAGCACGAGAACAACCUGGCCUGGCAGAUUACCCUGGUGUGGGCAACUCUCGUGCUGCUGGUCAUCGUUUGGUCCAUCUACUCCGUGGCAAUCAUUCCCAGAAAGCAACCCACAGACACCGUGAAGAUGGGUCUGGCGGACGACGAGAAGGCCUACGCGAGGGGCUUCAUCAAUUACGUCAGCCUGGGCUGGGUGGAUGAGCUGGUGGGGCGAUACGGCAAGAAUUGGAACGCCGUGAUCGAUGACAACGAGAUUGUCUGCAACCGGCGGGAUGAUGCAUAUGCGCCCUAUGUCAAAUUCCGCAAGCACUGGGAGGAUGAAGUCGAACGCGCAGGCAGCGUGGAGAAUGCUUGGAUUCUCUGGGCGCUCUACAAGACCGUGGGCUUCAAAGCUUCCAUGGCGAUGGUCCUCCUCACCUUCACAGAGGAGAUCGCGGGAGGAGUCAUCAGCAUAGUGGGGCUUCAGUACUUUCUCAACUCGCUUGAGAACUUGGACGCGUGGGCCAAUGACCACCCAGGAGAGGAACUCAGUUACCUGGGAGCCACUGUCGCGACUUUGGUCUGGAUGUGGGGUUCACCCAUGGUCUUCCGCUUCCUGAGCAUCAUCGCCACCUUACUGGACGGCCACUACACCCAGAUCUGCGCGUCAGGCCUGGCGUCCAUCGUCUUCCAUAAGGCGCUCCGCACACCCGCAAGCGCGGCACGGCUGGAAUCGCGCGAGACGGCUCUUCUUUCUGCAAGACGAUGCACUGUUAUGGGAGCGGAUGGAGACGAGAAGCCCGACCCAUGGGGGUCCAACAAACCCAACUUGGUGCAGAUCCUGAACGUCGACAUCGUGGACUGCUGGGGAGGUCUCAUUCGAGACUGCCUCUGCGUGUUCGUGGCGCCGUUUUCCAUAACCUUCCUCCUUGGCAUCAUGGUUUCGCAGAUCAGCUUCUCUGCCGUCGGUGGGGCGUGCUACAUCUUGCCGGUGAUGCUUCUCAUGAUGUUGAGCACCCAAGUCGCCAUGGGCUGCUGGAGGAGGUACCAGGUGUUCAUGGAUGCGCGCCUGAAGUGGCUUACGGAAUCGCUGCUCUCGAUCCGAACCAUCAAGGCCCUCGCCUGGGAGAAGCUGGCCCAAGAAAAGCUCAUCAAGGCAAGAGAUGGAGAGCUCCGCUGCGCCAAGAUGAUGUCAGUCAUGAGGGGCGUCGUGUCAGCGGUGGCGCACACCCUGCCCUGGGGCGUGCUGGUACUCACCAUGUGGAUCCUGCUGUCAAAAGCAGGCAAUGGGAAGGUCCCUGCGCACGAAGUGAUGAUUGUUCAGCGCCUCAUCCAGGCCAACCACCAGCAAGGCGAGGAAACCGCCUGUGAUGUCAUGCGGCAGUUUAAGUUCGUGUACCGCAUGAUGGCGAUUGAGCUUCCUCCCUGGCGAAGUCCCUGGCGAAGUGCCGCUGUCUUGGAGAAAGGGCUGCACCAGAGCACGUACGAGAUUUUGCAGACGGUUCAGACACAGCAGAGCCUGCCCGUGGAUAAAAGUGAAGCAAGCACAUGGAUGUUGGACGAUGUCGUGAAGCUCCUGAAGAAAUCCCGAUGGGAGGUGACGCACAAUCACUCCUGGAAGAUGCCAAGGCCAGACUCAUUGCCCUGGAACAACCAACAGGGGAAGACCCACCAAGACACGCUCACAUCGUGUGUCUCGGAUGUCAAGCUCGUGUCAGUCAAGGAGACCACCCACUUCGACAAGGUCAUGCAGGAUAUGAAAGAGAACCAUGGCCACACUACUUCUCACCUGAAUGCCGUCCAGUCCAUCGUCCAGCCCCUCAGCAGCAGAUGUCCUGAAGAUGGCCGAAAGGGUAGGUGA